GCGCAGACCAACUUCCAAGAACAUUUGCAUCGUUUUGCGCAAUUGUUACUUCACAGUAAUCAGUAACAUCAUCCUCAUCAUCAUCGAGUUUCAGCUAUUCACAGCUCUCUCUUUUUCUCUCUCUAUUAGGUGAGAGAGGAAAACACAAUUCCUUCUGGUAAGUUAGGGCUUUCGACCGUGUUUUAGCUUCGGUGCCAAUGGUGGGAAGAAGAAAGCCAUUGGUACUCACUUCCACUAAAACUCUCCUUAAUUCCGUACUCAGUCCGUCGCGGCUCGGUGAAGUAGACCGGUUCCCAUUCGACGAUGACGCCUCCUGUGGUCUGCAGUUGCCAGCGGGGAUCCUCCGGCUCUCCGACGUGAAAUUGGCUUCUCUCGACGACUCUGCUUUGGUCGGCUUCUCGAUUUCUGUCCUCAAACGGUUGUCCAUAACUUCGGGCUCUUCGGUGCUUGUAAAGAAUGUUGAGACUGGCAAACAGAGAAUUGCCCAGGCCGUAGUCCUUGAUCCUCCAUAUAAACAAAAAGUAUCAGCUGAAACUGAACCAUCCUCUUCUUAUUCUUCUCGGGCAAUGCUUAUUUUUCCAUCAUGUACUUACCCCGAAACUGAACUUGAGUUGUUGGACCGCGAAGUCGCCUAUAUUUCUCCUAAAUUAGCCUUCAACCUUGACUUGCACAUGUCGUGCUUUAAGUCUCUCGUCCAAGUAGGGGAAGAGGCUAUAGCAUCUUAUUUUAAAGAUAAAAUGGAUGAGCAGAUGAGUAGGGAGGGUACUGAAACUUCCUUAGUUCGCUUACAGUUGGAACCAUUACGUGUUUUGCCAAGAUAUGCUUCACAUUUAAGGGUCUCUUUUGUGAAGAUACCAGAAUGUGGUACACUUGAAUCUUUUAAAGGCAGUUCGACUAUUGAAGCUGAAAGUCGUCAAGAGAUGAUUGAUCUGGCAUUACAAAACUAUUUUGAGGUUGAUAGGUAUUUAGUGAGAGGUGAUAUUUUCAGUGUCCAAAUAGAUUGGAAUUGCAAGUCUCUCAUUUGCGUUCCUUGCAGCCAGAGUUCGAAAUCUAAAACUGCUGGCACUAUCUAUUUCAAGGUUGUAGCUAUGGAACCGUCUGAUGAACCAGUUCUUCGGGUUAAUCGCACUCAAACUGCUCUUGUGCUUGGAGGGAAUGUUCCUUCAGCCGUUCCCCCGGAUUUGCUUAUUGGUGGACCUGAAGGUUUUGCACCUUUGCAAGAAGAAACUGUGAAACUUUUGGCUUCCAUAUUGACACCAGCUAUCUGUCCAUCAGUCCUUUCUUCAAAAUUCAGAGUUUCUGUUCUAUUAUAUGGCUUGGCAG